AUGGACGAAAUAUGCAUAUAUGAAUAUUUACUAUUACAAAAUGCUCCAGGAGUUGAGCAGUACGUUGUUCCUUUUAACUGCCCUGAAGAUAUCAGCAAAUGGAUUGCAAAUGCACCAAUAUGGAUUCAAGAAUUUGUAGAUCGACAGAGUAAAGCCUGUAUGAUUACCUAUAUAAUGAUUACUAAUGACAAUAAAGCAACACAUGUUUAUCAGGUGUAUCCACUAAUUGUAUUCAUAUACAUAAAAGAAAAAAGAAUUAAUAAAAUUUUCAUUAUCUCUUUUCGAAAUAUAUGCGGUAGAGAGUACAAUAUGGAGAUACAAGAGAAUUUAAAGAGUCAAAUCAAGAAAAUGGAGAAUAGUUCCUGUUGUAUUUAUAAAUUGCAGGAAAACAAUAAAAAGAUCCUGGAAGAAUUAAACAAUGCGAAACAACAAAUCGAGCAACAACAAAAUAUUGAAUUCUUAAUUUUCUAUGAUCAAUUCUUAUUAAUAAGAGAACGCGUAGAUUUAUGCGAUUGGGAUGCACAAAAUUAUCCAAAAGAACUUCGACAGAAAUUAACUGCAGUACCGGCUCCAGACCAACAACCACCAAGAGAUACCGAAAAUAACCACCCAUCAUCUUCGUCCACUUUAAUUCCACUUCCUUCAUUACUUCAUCUUUCUUCUUUAAACUCUUCCUCGUCAACGUUGCGUGCGUCAGAUGUGUUAUGUAAUCGGUUGUCUUGUCCUGUACCUUCCUCGUCUUGCUUCAACGUACAUAAGUCACGUUCAACGUUUGUAUCCCCUGCUUCCUCAUCUUCUUUUUGUUCUUCUAAGUCUUUGUGUUCACCUAAGUGUAUUUCAACUCCUUUUCCCAUUCGUGGUCCUUUGUCUUCAGUGUUUCAAUAUCCUCUGCCUAAUCUUUCUUCUAUGUCACCUUUAUCUCUAUCUCAGCUUCAUAACCUUCCUUCCUCUUCUCUUUCAGUGUCUCCAAUAGUGUCUUCUUCAUCGUCUACGUCGGUUUCUGUGUCUCCAUCAGUGUCUCCAUCCUUGUUAUUGUCGAUGUCUCCACCAGUGUUGUUUGUGCGGUCGCGUAAUUUUGUUCGUUCUAUGUCGUUAAGUGUAACACGUCGCCGUCCUAUUCAAUGUUCUUCACCUUAUUCUAUCCAGUUUCGGCCCACAUCCUCUCCAAAAGCUUCGCAGCCUAUCCCGGUCCCUACGGCGGACACCAAUGUUUGGUGUGUAAGGCAUGCUUUAAGGGACCUAAGUGGAUGGCUUCGAAGGCUUUGGAGAGGAUAAGAAAAGUUAAAACUUAUUAAAUUCAUACUGUGCUCUUUUCUUUUUUUGUUUUAUGUUAUUUGUUAACUAUUCCACAAAAUUCCAACAUUAUCCAAAUUUCAUAAUGUAUCAUAAGCAUUAACUCACCUGUAUCAUCUGAUCAAACUCACCAAGCCGUACUCACACUAUAGAAACUACGAAAUUCUUCUAAUUGUAAGUCCCACAUUAAAAAAUACAAUAUUUGCGUGUGAAUAUAUUGAUGUUUUGAAUUACGUUACAAAUAAAUUCGGCCAUUUUCCUUUUAGCAUGAUAUGAAAUAGAAGAAAGUAAUCUGUAUAUUUCACAACUUGUACCACCAUUAGUCACAACAAUGUAAGUCCUAAAACGAGAUGUACCACUAGUAACGCAUUAUUAUGACAAAUUUCUUUACUUGUUUCAUUUUCUAGACUUGCCUACAGGCAAUUUAAUUUCUUUUCCUCAAGAAACAUUUUGUUUUCACAUUUUUGAUCAACUUCUUUGCCUCUGUUUAAAAUGUUUCAGAAUUGUUUUGUAACAAAGUUGGGUUAUUUGUUUUAUAGUAUUAAAUGAAAAUGAAACAAGGCAAUCCCUGCCGUACAGAAACUAUAAAGUACUAGUGAUACUUUCAUUAAUGUAAGUUUCGUUAUAUCAUCAUAUUAAGCCAAUGUUCUUCAAUUGUUUUAUUUUCUAAUUUUGGCUACAUACAAAUUAUUUAACUUUACCCCAAAAAAAGACCAAGUUGAGUUAUUUCUUUUAUAGUAUUGGAUUAAAAUGGAAUAAAGCAAUCCCUGACUUGUGGAAACGAUGAAGUACUUGGGCUACCUUCUACUCAUAUGUACAACAAUUAUCAGAUUAAUUUGAAACAAACAUAUCCCUGAAUGUAGAAACCAUGAAAUACGUUGGCUACUUGCCGCUA